AUGGGCCUCUUCAAACGCAAAGACUCCAAACAGUCCAUCCACAGCGACAAGGAUGAACAGGAAUCCUACGUCUCCGCCCCUAGUGCCCGGACCUCGAAUGUCUCGUUGAAAUCCCCCGGCUUCAAGGGAGCAGGUGGUCUGCCCACCUCGAUUCCAGAGCUCCCUAUCGCUAGACCUCCCGAUCCCGCCCUGGAUCCCGCUGCUUACCUUCGCAGCAUUCAUGCCGUUCGGGAUCGCUGCAACAUUAUUCUGCGAAAGGCCAAACGGAACGAGCUCAAUCAUUUCAAUGUUGAUAUGACCAAGUUUGGAAUUACCGCUUCCUACGUGGUGUCUAUCAUCAAGAGAGACUACGCCCCCGAUUAUACUUCUAUCCCGUCCCAUGGCCGUUGGCAGCACUUCGAAGCUGGUGGUCGACCUCGCAUCAACCAACUACUCCAAUCGUGGCCUAGUUCCAUCGAUGCGCAGGAACGGACCCGCCGUCUGAUCGAUCUGUUCGUCGUCUCCGUUCUCCUCGAUGCCGGCGCAGGGACCCGGUGGUCCUACCGCUCCAAGGAAUCCGGCAAGUACUUUUCGCGUAGUGAGGGUCUGGCCAUCGCGGCUCUCGAGAUGUUCAAGAGUGGUCUUUUCAGCAGUGACCCGGCGGAGCCAUGCCAGGUUGACGGUGCUGGGUUGAAGAAGCUCACCGUCGAUGUUUUGGCCAAGGGAAUGCAACAUUCCGAACAGAACCCCUUGGCUGGUUUAGAGGGUCGCGCAGGACUGUUGAUUCGAUUGGCGGACGCUUUGAACAACCAGCAGCUUUUCGGGGUGGAUGCUCGACCUGGUAAUAUGCUUGACUACCUCCUUUCCCACCCAUCGACACUGGCUUCCUCGGUUCCCAUCGUCCCCAUCACAACGCUCUGGUCCGUUCUGAUGGAUGGAUUCUCCUCGAUUUGGCCGUCUUCCAGAAGUCAGAUCGACGGUGCACCCCUCGGAGAUGCCUGGCGAUGCUGGAGCUUGCCGCAAUCUCCGCCAGCACCAGCAUGGCAGAGCAUCGUUCCUUUCCACAAGCUUACUCAAUGGCUAUGUUACUCCGUUAUGGUCCCGAUGCAGAAAUUGAUGAACAUCCACUUCGCGGGCAGCGACCUUCUCACUGGCUUGCCUGAGUACCGCAACGGUGGUCUGCUGAUUGACAUGGGCCUGAUGACUCUGAAGGAACAGGAUCUCCAGCGUGGUCUGGAAGCAUUCCGAGAGAACUCUCAGAUCAAGGGUCAACCGAGCGUGGAAGUUGUGCCUCUCUUCUCCGCCGAUGACGACGUCAUUGUUGAGUGGAGAGCUGCUACUGUUGGUUUCUUGGAUGAGCUGCUACUAGAGGUCAACUCGCAGCUUGGUUUGAUGGGAGAGGAUCAAUUGACGCUUCCGCAGCUGCUCGAAGCUGGUUCAUGGAAGGGCGGCCGCGAAAUUGCAGAGGUCUCGAGACCAAACACCAAAGAACCACCAAUUAUGAUCCGUUCAGAUGGCACCGUCUUCUAA